AUGCGUAGGCAAAAUAUCAGAGAAAAAAAGGGACGAGCCACCCGAUAUUACGUCGUCCUCUCUUCUCUUCUUCCCGCGUCGACGUCGAGAGUCGAGGACAGCGCGGCAGACAGCGAACAGCGACAGGCAACGCAGCGACGGCUCAGCAGGAGAUCUCGUCUGCUCUCCUCGUCUCUCAGGACUCCAGACGACGUCAACAAACCAGCAGCCAGCCAGCCAGCAGCAGGAGAAGGAGGAGGAGGAAGAGGACAGCGAGACUGGCAGGACAGAAGAAGAAACGCGACGAUGGCCUCGAUAAGCACGGCGAAGAAGGAGAUGCGAAGCAGGAUCAGGAAGAUCCUCGCCGGCGUCUCUGCAGACUCGGUUACGUCUCAAUCCUCGCUUGCCACUGAACGCCUGCUCGCACUCCCCGAAUACCAGUCGGCACGGCGCGUCAGCGUCUACCUGUCGAUGCCGGCCGGCGAGCUGAGGACCGGGGAGAUCGUGAGGGACGCCUUUAGACGCGGGAAGCAGGUCUUUGUGCCAUACAUCUACAAGCUCGGAGGCAGUGCUGAAACGAAGCCGUCGUCGAUCAUGGAAAUGCUGGCCCUGCGCUCGCUCGAGGAUUACGAGUCUCUACAGCCAGACGGGUGGGGGAUUCCUACGCUUGACGCCAGCUCGGUGGCCGGCAGGGAGAACUGUCUGGGCGGGAACGGCCUACGGGGUGAGGACGGCGCCUUGAAAGGUGGUGAUGGUGACGACUGCGGCUUGGAUUUCAUUGUCGUGCCGGGCAUGGCCUUUGACCAUGGCAGACGCAGACUGGGGCAUGGAAAGGGGUAUUAUGACCGUUUUAUCAACAGAUAUCGCAGUAACGUGGGCAAAGGGCAGAUGCCAUAUCUCGGUGAGACUUCAAAACAGCAGCAUCAAACAGCACAACUAAUUCCGUUAGACACACUAACCCACCAAAAAUAUUUCUCAAUAGCCGCCUUCUGUCUGGCCGAGCAGGUCCUUCAGCCUCCAGAAGAGGUGCCUGUGGGAGAGUACGACAACCUCGUCGACAGCCUGGUCGUAGGUGACGGACGAGUCGUGAGAAGCUGA